AUGGCGCGCUCUUCCACUCUCGCCCCCAACGUGGGCAGGCUCUCUCGAUCCCAGGUCGCCGCCAAGCGAGGUCUCUUCAAGGGCAAGAAGACCGCCCAGGCCCCCGCUAAGACUGAGGCCCCUGCUACCACCGAGAAGAAGGUCGGCGGUGCUAAGAACGGCGAGAAGCGAUUGGUCCCCACCUCCAAGGCUUCCAAGUACUACCCCGCCGAGGACGUCCGAAAGCCCAAGGUCUCCCGAAAGACCGCCGCCAAGACUGUCCUCCGAAACAGCAUCACCCCCGGUACCGUCCUCAUCCUCCUCGCCGGCCGAUUCUCCGGCAAGCGAGUCGUCUUCCUCAAGCAGCUCGACUCUGGUCUCUUGUUGGUCUCUGGUCCUCACAAGAUCAACGGUGUCCCCCUCCGACGAGUGAGCCAGGCCUACGUUAUCGCUACCUCCACCAAGGUCGACAUCUCCGCCGUUUCCAUCCCCGAGUCUAUCAACGACGCCUACUUCACCAAGGCCAAGGCUGCCAAGUCUACCAAGGAGGGAGAGUUCUUCGGUGAGGGUCAGGAGAAGAAGGCGUUCCCCGAGGAGAAGAAGGCCGAGCAGAAGGCCGUCGACGCUGCUCUCAUCGCUUCUAUCAAGAAGGUUGACAACCUCUCCAAGUACUUGAAGUCUUCUUGGGGUCUCUCCAAGGGCGACCGAUUCCACGAGCUCAAGUUCUAG